UUACCUUCAUUCAUUUUCCCGGUUCAGAAACAAAAUUCGUUGUCAGACGAUGGUUUGUUAUUUUGCCUUUUUACUCAUUGUUGACUAUCACUAGUUAAUUAUUUCUAUCUUUGUUUUUAUCUACCUGUAUUUUUGGAUUUGUGUUUGUUUUUCUUAAACAGGACAUGAUGUCUGCCAAAAGAAAGCGUCGUGAUAGAUCACCAAGCUUAUCUAGUGAUUCUAAAGAAAACAUAGAUUUUGAUGAGGAGGACAAUCCUGAUCGCGCCAAUGAUUCAGACGAUUCACUGGAUAUGGAAAUCAGCUCUAUUGGAGAAACUAGCUUUCUCAAUAGUCAAGAUAAGUCCAAUUAUAUUGAGUGUGGUACUAUCAAAUCCCUCAAAUUAGUCAAUUUUAUGUGCCAUGGCCAUUUUGCUAUUGAAUUUGGCCCAAGAAUUAACUUUGUUAUCGGUCGGAAUGGAAGUGGUAAAAGCGCUAUCUUGACUGCUAUUGUUUUAGCUCUUGGUGGUCGUUCUCAUCACACUAGUCGCGGCCAAAGCUUAAAAUCUUUUAUUAAAACUGGAGAGUCUAGAGCUAAAAUUGUUAUCAAACUGAAUAAUUUCAACAAUAUAGACAAAAGUGCAAGUUUCAAGUAUGAAGAGUACGGUGACACUAUCUGGAUAGAGCGUCUGCUCAAGUCAGACGGUUCUUCAACUUACCAUCUGAAAAACAAAAAUGGCAAAUCUAUAACUACGAUGAAAAAAGAAUUGGAUACCAUUGUGAAACAUUUCAAUAUACAAAUCGAUAACCCGAUAGUCGUUCUCAAUCAAGAAAUCAGUCGAAAUUUUCUUAACUCAAAAAACCCGCGGGACAAGUAUAGCUUCUUCAUGAAAGCAACUCAGUUAGAAGACAUCUUAAACGACUAUGCGUAUGCUUCCGAGAAGACUACUUUAACUGAACUUGAAUUGGAUAAGAAAAAAAAGGUUUUGAAAGACGUUGCUUCAGAACUCAAAGAAUUAAAGAAGAAAGUUUCAUUAUUCGCCAAGAUAGACGACCAAAACAACAAACUGAGUUCUUUGGAUAAAGAGUUACUUUGGGCCUUAGUUUGCGAAAAGGAACGAGAAUUUGAAGAAAUUUUGAGUAAAAUCGAAGAAAAUAAUGGCAAAGUGAUUGAGCACACAACUACAAUAAAUAAACUGGAAAAUAAACUUACUAAGUUUUCAGCAGACAAAGAGAAUACUCAGAAAGAUUUGGAUGACAUGGCAAUCAAAGUUGAUGAAAUAAAAGCGAAGAUUGGCGAAAAGACUCAAAUAUUGACCGAAUAUAAAGAAAAAAAGAACAAUUUUGCUAUUGAAUGCUCUAGACUGAAGAAUGAACUCGAUGCUAUGGGAAAAGAUGAAAAGCAUCUUGAAAGAAAAAUUAACGAACUCAAGAAACAAUUCGGUGAUGUAGAAAAAGUCGAACAAGAGAGGCAUCUUAGAGCUGAAAUGGUUGCUAAAUUGGAAGAAGAAGAGAGGCAACUCAAAGCAGAAAUACGAACCCGUAAACUUCAUAAAGAACAAUUACAAGGCUCUAUUUCCGAGAUCGAGAAAAAGAUUUAUGGUUGCAAGGCUGAAAUUGAUUCGAUUAAGUCUUCAAUAUAUAGAAAGAAACAAGAUAUUCAACAAGCUCGUUCUAGUGAGAAUGACCAACUGUUGCGGUUCGGAGUUUACAUGCCUCAUUUGCUCAAACAGAUUGAUUUAGAAUUCAAACAAGGACGAUUUGUGAAGAAGCCAUUAGGACCUAUCGGCCAUUUGAUUAAGCUACGAGAUCCCGGUGCAGCAUUUGCUGUUGAGUGUUGUAUCAAAGGGCUAGUUAGUGCCUUUUGCUGUGAUAAUCAAGGCGAUGCAAAUGUUCUUAGUCAGUUAUUUAAAAGGACUCUUGGCAAUGCGCGACCUCCCAUGAUAAUAACCAGAAGAUUUACUAAUCUUCACAACGUUUCUUCCAAUUGUAUUCAAAGUGACAAAUAUAAAUCUAUAUUAGAACUUCUUGACAUUGACCAAGCUCCAGUCGCUAAUGUACUAAUUGACAGGUCUAACAUCGAGUCAAUUGCCUACAUUGCUAACGAGGAUGAAGCUCUCAACGUGAUGACUAAUGCAGAAAAAGUUCCACAUAAUUGUAAUCAAGCUUACACUAAGCAAGGAACCAACAUGUAUCCAGUUAAAAGGAACCAAUUUUUCAAGUCUUAUGCGCCAAAUUAUAACCAAGCUAAAUAUCUAACUCAUGACAUCUCAGAUUACAUUCUUUCACUUGAACACGAAUUGGUGGAAUUGAACAAAAAGUGGGAAUCUAGAACAGCUGAUCUAACUCCUUUACAAGAAAAUCUUCAGGAAAACAAAUUGGAUUUAGUUGAAACUACGAACAAGCUUUCAAAAUUGUAUGAUCGUGCUAAUGAAGUUUCCAGAGAGCUCGAAGAGUUAAAAAAUGUUGUUGAAACCACUCCAGUCGAGAUGGAUCUGUUUGAAAAAGAUCUAUCUGAUUUACGAAUGGAAAAAACAACCAGAAAUGAGAAGCUUGCUGGGUUGCAGGAAAAGUACAGUGAAAUGAAAACAUUAAUUGAGGAAAUUAAUGUGAAAAUAACGACCCUUCAAGAUGAAAAGACUCGUCUAUGCCAUGAAGAGAGACCUGCAAGAGAGAAGAUGAAGACUCUUGAAGACCAAUUAGUCAGUGUUCAGCGAACCCUGAACCGAUUUAAAGACAAUCUAACUUCAGUGGAAGAAGAAAUACACGAUUUAAAGAAAGCUCAAGAAAGUAAAAAGCAAGAAGUCGAAAAUAUGAGGCAAAAAGCUAUGGAGGAAACAGGACAAGAAAUAAGAACGACUAGAUCUCCUAGUGAUGUCAAAAAAGAGAUUGUCGACAUAAAACGGUUUAUGCAAGAACAAGAAAGUGAAAUCGGAGAUCGAGAUAAGAUCAUCAAACAAUAUAAUGACCGUAUUGAAGCUCAUGAACGUGUGCUUGAGCAAGUUGAAACUUUUGAAGAACUACUUGAAGAGUUUAAAGCCUCAACCAAAAUGCGCCUUGAUAAAUAUCGUCGAUUACGAAAACAAAUAACAGAAAAAGCUUGUCAAGUAUUCAAGAUAGCCCUUGAUGCUCUCAAUUUUUCCGGUAUUCUUGAAAUAAAUCACGAUGAUUGUAUAAUUGAUGGUGCCUCAAAGAAAGCAAAAACAUUGGAUAUCAAGAUAAAUCCCAAAGUAAUGGUUAAUUCAGAUGUUUACAAAGACACUAGAAGUCUUUCAGGAGGUGAAAGGUCGUAUGGUACAGUUGCUUUCCUUGUUGCUUUAUGGGAAUCAUGUAAUUCACCAUUCCGUAUACUCGAUGAAGUUGACGUUUUCAUGGAUGUUGUUACCCGAUCCACAGCUAUGCAAAUUCUUGUCGAAAAUGCCAAAAUGAAAGCUGGCAAACAAUACAUCUUUUUAUCGCCUCUUGGUUUGGUGGUUGAUGAAAAAUAUGUUCAUGUUCACCGAAUGCCUGAUCCUGUCAGAGGAAUUUCAAACGUACUGUCUCACACAGAUUAAUCAAAAUAUAUUUUACACAACUUGCUAUUUUUUCUCAUUUCGUAAUCUCUCCUUAUCGCCUAAUCAUUCCCAUUGACUGUGGUUCCUAUUUUUCACCAUUUCCCUUCUAUCACUAUCCAUCUCUAUCCUUAACACUCAGCUAAUAUUAUAUUCGAUUAUUUUUCCGUCCUAUUUUCACUUAUUUUUUGCACAAAUCAGAAAUAUCAGAGUAAUUCUUUGCUCAUACAAAAAAAUCUCCCAUCCUAUCAAAACCUUUUUAUUGUAAUGUUAAUUCUACAGAAUAAUCUGUCAAUUUUUUUUUGAAAAAUGGGCUUUUCGCAAAGCUCAUCAGUUGUAAAUUCAGAAGUUUUCCAAUCAGAAAUAAUUGUUAAGUUGAUUAAGCGUAAUAACAAGCUUGAUGAGACGAAUCUAAGGAGAUGAUUAUGCCAAAGAAUUUAAAAACUAUUUUGUUCUAUUGUAAUAAAAAAUGAUUAUUGUAUUUAUCAAUUUUAA